CUGACGUAGACAAUUGCAGUUGCCUUGAAACAUCAUUACAUCAUAUCCCAGAUAGAGGUAGAGUUAGGGGGCUUGCUGCGUCUCGACCGCAAAAAUGAAUUUUUUAUUUAAAUAUUUUUAUAGUUAAUAAAAUUGAAUUUUGACUUUUAGGAAUGAAUAAAGUUCAAUUUAAUGCUUUAAUCAUUCAUAAACCAUAGCCUCAGUUCCAAGUUCUUGCAAGAGAUGGAGAAAGUUAAUAGCGACUCUGUUUUACUAGCUUCUGAAAUUUUACUAUUGUCUUGUUUUUACUUACAAUCUGGCACUGCUUUAGACACCAUAACACCAUCGAAAUCCAUCAAAGACCCUGAAUUUAUAAUCUCCCAGAGUGGAGCUUUCCGAUUGGGAUUCUUCAGCUUUGCUAAUUCCACCAAUCGUUAUGUAGGGAUAUUGUACCAUCAAAUCCCCGUACAAACAGUGGUAUGGGUAGCAAACAGAAACAAGCCUCUCAAAGACUCUUCUGGGAUUCUUAACAUAUCAGAUGAUGGCAACCUUGUUGUUUCAAAUGGAAAAGCUGAGGUUCUAUGGUCAUCACAUGUUAACAAUACAGCUCCUAAUGCAACAACUGCCCAGCUUUUAGACUCAGGAAACCUAGUCCUUAGUAAUGGUGAGGAUGGAGCAAGCAGCUUAUGGGAGAGUUUUGAAGAUCCUUCCAAUGCCUUCAUUGAAACUAUGAAGAUCAGAACUGAUGUUAAAAAGGGUCGUAAAGUGGAGCUGAAAUCAUGGAAAAGCAUUGAUGAUCCAUCUGAUGGUAGCUUUUCAUUUGGCUUUGAACCUUUCAAUAUCCCAGAGCUUGUCAUUAGGAACAAUAACAAGCUCUACUUUCGGAGUGGUCCAUGGAAUGGGAAUACCUUUAUUGGUGUAAUUAUGAAGACCGUUUAUAUUGAUGGGUUUCAUGUUGUUGCAGAUAAUCAACAACAAACGUACUAUUUCACUUAUGAGUAUUCUGAUAACUAUAGGUUGAAGUACUAUGAACUGGAUUCUCAAGGAAAUUUAUUUGAACGGACAUGGGAUGCGGGGAAAGGGGACUGGAUAAACAGGUACUCUACUAGUCUAACAGAAUCUUGUGUUUAUGGACAGUGUGGGGCAUUUGGGAUCUGCGAUCGAACAAAACAACCCAUUUGCAGUUGCUUAAAGGGGUUUAAACCUAGGAAUAUAGAGGCAUGGAGUAGAGGUAAUUGGAGUAGUGGGUGUUUUAGGACUACCCUUUUACAAUGCGAAAGGGAUAAGAACAAUGGCAGUGAAGCAGGCCAAGGAGAUGAUGAUGGUUUUUUGAAGCUGAAGACGAUGAAAGUGCCGGCAUUUCCGGACCGGUCAUCAAUAAAUAACGGCGAAUGCAAAGAUCAAUGCAUGAAGAACUGUUCGUGCGUGGCUUAUGCGUAUGAUGCUGGCAUUGGUUGCAUGUUUUGGAGUGGAGAUUUGAUUGAUAUGCAGAAAUUCUCCACUCAAAGAGUCGAUCUUUACAUUCGUCUACCAUCUUCAGAGCUUGAUAAAGGGAAAAGCAAUAAAGUUAUUGUUAUUGCAGCAGUAAUUGUGGGUACAGUAACCAUUACGAUUAUGAUACUCUUCUUAUGGUGUUGGAUGGCUAAAAGAAGAGGAAGGAAACAAAAACACAAACAGAUCAAACUCCAACUCAACAAAGGAAAUGCAAUGACAAAAUUUUCUACUGAAAAUGUGGGAGAAUAUUCAAUCGGAGUUAAACUCCAGCAGCUGCGGCUAUUCAAUUUCGAAGAACUCGCCAUCGCGACGGACAACUUCGAUCACGCAAAAAAGCUAGGGCAGGGUGGUUUCGGUCCAGUUUAUAGGGGAAUAUUACGUGAUGAAAAGGAAAUAGCAGUGAAGAGAUUAUCGAAAGCUUCAGGGCAAGGAUUAGAAGAAUUUAUGAACGAAGUGGAAGUGAUUUCUAAGAUUCAACAUCGAAAUCUGGUUAAAUUGCUUGGGUGUUGUGUUGAAGCAGAAGAGAAGAUGCUCGUCUACGAGUAUAUGCCCAACAAAAGUUUGGACACUUUUGUCUUUGAUCCAAUUAAACAAAACAUCUUGGAUUGGAGAAAACGUUUUAAUAUUAUUGAAGGGAUCAGCCGAGGAUUACUUUAUCUUCAUAAAGAUUCAAGAUUGAAAGUUAUACAUCGAGAUCUAAAAGCAAGCAAUGUUUUACUCGACCAAGAGUUAAAUCCAAAAAUUGCAGAUUUUGGGAUGGCGAGAAUUUUCGGAGGAGAUGAAAAUCAAGCUAACACUAAAAGGGUUGUUGGAACUUAUGGUUAUAUGUCUCCUGAGUAUGCAAUACAAGGGCAAUUUUCAGAGAAAUCAGAUGUGUUCAGUUUUGGAGUUCUGCUGUUAGAGAUUGUUAGCGGAAGAAAAAACACAAGCUUGUUCAACAAUCAAGAUUAUUUUAGCCUCUUAGGAUAUGUCUGGAAACUAUGGAACGAAGGCAACAUUUGGAGCUUAGUAGACAAGGUGGUUUUGGAGCCAAAAUCUAAUUUAAAGAAUGUGAAAGAAAUAAGGAGAUGCAUACAUAUUGGAUUGCUAUGCGUUCAAGAAUAUGCUACCGAUAGACCCACUAUGUCUACUGUUGUUUCAAUGCUUAACAGUGAGAUUUCAAAUUUUAACACACCAAAACAACCUGCUUUCACUCAAACACCACUAAUCACCCAUGAUGUUCAAAAUAGAGCUUCAGUUAAUGGUGUAACUCUUACCGACUUUGAUGGCAGAUAAAGGAGAGCAUUUGGGAGGAAAAUGAGCAAAAAACGAGUGAAAAUCAGACAUUUGGAGCAAAUUUUAGAAGCCACAUGGGCUGGGCCUUCCCACACGGGCUGGACACACGGCCGUGUGAGCCACACAGGCUGGACAGACGGUCAUGUGCCAUACUGUGUCAGUUUCGCUCUCAAACACGCAGAAAAAUGUAAUUUUUAGGCUUUCUAAGUAUUCUAAAGUUUAUAAAUAUCAAAUAGAAGAAGAGAAAAGUAAGCCAACAGAGAAUAUUGAAGAAAACAACUCGAAGAACACCAUUGGAGCCAACUCUGAAGCAGAUUUCCAUCAAGAUUAAAGACUUUUUUUUAAUUUCUUUUGAAAUUUUUAUGAGUUUCUUUAUUUCCUGUGGUUAUUCUGUCUUUAAGAUGUUUUUAUUCACAAUUAUGAACUAAUUUCCUAGAUACCUAGGGUAGAUGAACUCUAUGAUGAAUUAUAUUUUUUGAUUUCUGUUUUAUGCGAUAAA